UAUCAUUUCUCUCCUUUUGUGACCCCUGGGCAGGGAAUUACUUGUGUACAAGGACUUUCUUAAAGGGAACUUGAAAAGCUGUGAAAAUAUGAUUUGUAGGUAUUUUGCUCACAUUGGUUUUAAGUGGAAUCACAAAAAAUUGUGUCUUCUAGAAAGUCUUAAGCUACUUUUGCUUUGGUGAUGACCAACUGAAUGUAGAGGAUGGCAUAAUAUCUUCUGCAGAGCAUUUAGAGUCCAGUUUAUUAUAGCUUUGCCUAGUUAGUUUAUACUAGUUUUGCCAGAAUAAAAACAGAAACACUCCCACUGGUGGUAGCUGGAAUUCUGUCAGCUAUGUGGAAAGGUUGAGCACCUCAGUGGUGUAUUUUUUUGGCUGUUCAUAAAGACUAUAGCAGGUAUUAGCGCUGGGAAGUAGGUGUUUUCUUCCUUACUACAACUGUACUUUUGUAGUUGGUAGAACCUUAAACUAACCAGAACCCCAAGCAAUUAGAUGCUACUCUGAAAAAUGGAGUGCUGUGCAUAGCCCUUGGUGAUUUCUACCAUCCUGAAGGUAUCAGAAAGUUGUGAUUUGCACUAGGCUAUUUACACUUCUGUAGGUUUGUUGAUGUGCAGAUCUCCUGCUGGUCUCUUUUAUCUUGCUCUAGCUAUUAGGUUUAUUUCUGAACAGAUACAGGUAUCUUAAAACUGUUUUUUAUUCAAGCUUUCAUGACUUGUGACACUUAAAAGCUGAACCUACAUUAGGAAAAAAUUCCAAGAGCAGUAACCCUUGAGAUGGUCAAGUAAAUAGUAAUUCCUUUAUUGCUUGUAAUGUAAAAUUUCUUGUGCAGUUCAAAAUGCCUUUAUUUCCCUGACUUUUUUUCCAAGUAGCUUUUACUCUCUUCUGAACAAUUCUGUUGACUGGAGACUAGAAAAGAAUGGUAGGGGUUGGAAGGGACCUUUGGAGAUCAUCUAGUCCACCCACCCUGUCCUGCCAAAGCAAGUUCACCUAGAUUGGCUUGGAUGGGAAUGCAUCCAGUAUAAAUCCUUACAAAUCAUGUCGGAAGAAUCAUUCUUCAAGGGAUUUUGAAGAUCUGAAUAGAAUGCAUAUGUGCCUAUUUUAUCUGUUCUGGAAUCAUCCUGCAAUUUUUGAGGAUUUGCUUUGAAGAGCUAUUUGGGCAGCAAUAUGAGCAUUCAACAGGGAAAGAAAAUUAGAAUGAGAUGCCAGUACUCCUAAAAAGAUGACUGCACUAGGGAUGAUUGUAGAGAGAAGCUGUACCUGCAGUUUUACCAACAGAUGCACAAAGAAUGAGACACCUUCUGACUGUCAUUGUUGCCAUCGGCAAGGAGCAAAAGGUUACAGUGUUGGUGGAUAAGAGAAGAGCAACUGACAUCGUCUCCCUGGACUUGUGCAAAGCAUUUGACAUUGUCCCGCAUGACAUCCUUGUCUCUAAAUUGGAGAUGGACCACUUGGGGAAAUAUGCUACAAUUGUAGGCAAUCAGUUACAAGAACCUGGUUCUGUGAUGGAAAUAAUAUACCUAUGUAAGUCAGAUAUCACACAGAUAUUCCAAGAAGUUAAAAAUGAUGUUUGUAUUUUUGAACAGACAAAUGUAGCACUUUCCUCUUGCACUGUAAUCAUGCUUCAUUCUUCUAUUGAAAGAAAGUUUAGCUUGUUUGAGAGAUUGCAUCGUAACAUGCCUGUGGAGGCGGCACUGGCUCUGAUAGUUAAAGCUUUUGGGAAUACAUUUGCUGAGUGUGAGCAACAGGAGUGUACCAGGAUUUCACGCAAGGCAGCUGAUCUGCUGGAUGACUGCCUAGCGUGGGAGCUGUGCGAGACAUACACUGUACCUCUGGGCAUUAGACAAUUUCUGUUAAGUGCAGGGAAAUACUUGGCUUGGGUGGAGUCAAACUCAGUAAGUGACCAUGCAAAGACCAGAAAAGGUAUCACUGAAGGUAUUAAUGUUUCUUCUCCCUCUGAAAUACGAGUUCAAGUAUCUUUUAAAUCUGUUAUAAAUAAGCUUGGGUGCAUUCCACAUAAAUAAUCUGUAAAUAAAUUAUAGGCAGUAGAGAUCAAAAGUGCACAUAUAAAAUGCUGGUGUGUGUAUUAAUGGGCACGUGCAUCCUGAAGUAGGGUGCAUAUAUUCUUCACAGAACUGGACAUGUUAGAAGGACAUGUACACAAGUCCCCUAAUGGGCAAUUGCUCUCUCAGGUUGUGGUUGCAAAGUGAGUAUUUGAUUAUCUGCUAAUGUUGUUGUGUAUUUUCAGUUUUAAUGACACUGUACACACAGAUACAUUUAAGUUAGUAAUAUCUGUCAGUCCAUUAAGCAGAAUGUAACUCUUGGUUUAAGAGAGUUCAGUAAUAUAACAGUGUAUAAACUUAUUUGAAUUACAAAACUUAAAAAAACAGCAGAUCAGAAAAAAAAUAAACCCAGCCAUAUAUGUAAGUUCUAGACUUGGAAUAUCUGUGUCAUUUUGAUCUUAGGGGCUAUUCUACAGAAAACUCUUGAAUGCCCUUGUGAUAAGGGGGUAGUGAGGUUCUUGCAAGCUUCUACUUGUGUUCUUAAUGUCUUCUGAAGAAUUGCUUACCACUCUUGUUCAUUUAGACUGAGCCCUGUUGGAAAAAAAAAAAGGCAGCUCAUUCUUGAGCUGAAGGUGAAGACACAGCGUGUCAUGAGGAUGCGAGGCCAUGUAGAAGCACUGCCACCCAUACCUUAUGUAAACCUCCACCUCUUCCACUGCCAAGCAGGGUUGCUCUUGGGCUGGUCACCUUUUCCUCAGGUUAAACCUUUGAUAGACUCUCAGGAGCUCUUCUUCCAAAGCUAUUUCAGUUUUGUAUUUCAAAGUAAUUCAUUCUGGUUUUGUGACUGACUUGAUCACUUGCCACAGUACGUUUACUCAUAAAAGUAGAACAAAACAUGGUAGAUACUACAUGAACUGCAAUCAAGUAGACGGGUGGGAUGUGUAAAGAUCUGAACUUGCAAAUAUUUGGCAGUGAUCAAAUAAUAGUUGAAAGACUGGAACUCAGCCAUGCUAUUUUCAGAGCAAACUUUCUGGGAAAGAAUAGGAGAGUAGGGGAGUAUACUAUUCUUUAUCUAAAAAUGAAUUCGUUGUAACAUUAUAAAAGCAUAAAAAUACAAAGCUCAUCUUUCAUGUCCUUAGUCUGAAAUCAGAUUCAGCUACUGUCCUUGCAUCUGUUUGAAGUUGGUAUGGGUUGAGGUGAACACCUGGCUAUUUUAGAAAGGCUUUUUUCCUCCCCUGUUGUGAACUUUUCCCGUUCUACAAAGCUUUCUUUUUUAGUUACCAAGUUGGUUGCAAUUCUUUUGAGUUACUGAAGCUCAUUGAAAACCAAAAGGGCAGCAGAAACGGUGAGGGCGGUUCAGGUUUUAAACGUGAAUAUUCUUGGAUGUGCAGGAUUAGAGUAUGGUGCUUUGUUGUAAAUUAAAUACUGCUUUAAUGAUUGAAAUAAAAAGGCAAGUCAGCAAAAAAUAUUGUGUGCUUAAUUUGAUUAUUUUGUUGUAUUAAAUGGUAGUGUAAAAAGAAACCACAUGUACGUUCUUGACAGCUAUCGAUGUUAGUGCUGAGUCUGAUUCCUUGGAAUGGAUUCCAGGCACAAACUGUAUCAAAACUAGUGACCUACAUUGUGGUCAUGAAUUAAAUCCUUGCUUAGAACCAGUCUCAGAUGACAUCCAGUAUGUUUGUUGUGACAAAAUCACUCAAAUAAUAUUUGGCUUUAGUUUUCCAUACCAAUUGUACUUCAUCAGUUUAUGUUUUAACUUGCCUGUUCAGGUUAACGUUAGCAUGAGGGAGAGUUUUACUUUGUAGCGUGCUCAUGCCAAGAUUAGUAACGCUGCAGGUCAGUGUGCUCUGUUGUUAAAUACGUACACUACACUAUACUUGUAGUGCUGUGGUGGUACAUCUUUUAAAGUAGGGCACUAUGAACGAUAAAGGCAUUUGUAGCUGUUGGUGUGUCGUGUCCGUGCUUUGUCUGCAGUGCUUGUUUCCAUACCUGUUUUCAGGAAGGUAACUGGUGUUUCUUAAGCCUGGAAGUUUUAGGCCCUCACAGUUAGGAGUGUCCUGUGCAAACAAAAGCAGAUUUUACUGUU